AUGGCUACGCCCAACUUUCAUGCGCCCAACCAGGAAAUGCCGCCAUCGGAUGGCUUCAAUCGCGUUAAGUUCGUGAAGAACGGUCCAGUCAAGCGUGGACCACCGGGGUGGUCGCUAUUUCUCGGCACUUUUGUCGUCACGUCUGUUGGCUUUUAUCUUGUUGGCCAACACAACAAGCACCAACGUGAAGUGGCCAAGGAGGAGCGUGAAAAUCGUAUUGCAUUGCUUGCGUUCUUACAGGCGGAGGCUGAUGUCGAGUAUUUGGAGCAGGAGAAACACAUAUUGGAAAAGGAGCGCCAGGUGAUGAAGAACGUACCUGGUUGGGUGGCUGGUCAAUCGCCAUACCACUCGGACCGCUACCAGGCGCCACUUUGGGCUCAGAAGAAGUAA